ACACAGCAGGUCUGACAGUAUCUGUGGAGGGAGAUACAGAGUUAACGUUUCGAGUCCUAACGACCCUUUUUCAAAAGCUUACCUCUGUUUCUCUCUCUACAGAUGCCUACAUUUUUGUGAGCAUUUCGCUUUGGGAACAUUCAACCAGACCUACCACUGGAGGGAGGAGGACCAUGUCUCUGCCUAUGAGCACAUCACUGUGCGACAGGCUCUGUGGAGGACGAUGGCAACGAGCCGGUUCCCUGCAGGUGUCCUGAGCUUUAAACAGUUCAUGCAUCGACAGAAGGUCCUUAGUUUAUACAGGCAGAUUUUAAAAGCCAUUUAUCAGAUUCCAAAUGAAGGAGACAAACAGUAUCUUAAAAACUGGGCAAGACAAGAAUUCAAACAGAAUAAAAAUGCUACAAAUGAUGAUACAGUGCGAAUGAUGCUCACUCAUGGAAACAUGCAACUUAAGGAGCUAGAAAAAAUGCUUCGAUUAACAAAAUAAAAUAAAUCAACAAUG